UCCUGUCCGCGGCUGAAAAAAAUAAAUUGUCUGACUAGAUUCCUCAAAGGCGCUAGGACAUCUAAGUAUCUUGAGCCGGCGCGGAAAAGGGCGGCCUGACAUUGGAAGUGGCACAGGGUCCUGCAGUGAGUCCUUCCGGGGGGUGACAUUCAGCCGGCCUUUGGGGCAACGGACCUUCUGCCCUAGAACCAUGGCCCAGUUCGUGCGUAACCUCGCGGAGAAGGCCCCGGCGCUAGUGAACGCUGCUGUGACUUACUCCAAGCCUCGAUUGGCCACAUUUUGGCAUUAUGCCAAGGUUGAGCUCGUUCCUCCAACCCCUGCUGAGAUCCCUACAGCUAUUCAGAGCCUGAAAAAAAUAGUCAAUAGUGCUCAAACUGGUAGCUUCAAACAGCUUACAGUUAAGGAAGCUGUGCUGAAUGGUUUGGUGGCUACUGAAGUAUGGAUGUGGUUUUAUAUCGGAGAGAUCAUAGGCAAGCGUGGCAUUGUUGGCUAUAACGUUUGAAGACCUAUCUUUAACAUCUGAUUAUAUUUGAUUUAUCAUUUGAGUUUUCUUGGACCAUAUAUGAUCAGAUUGCUAUCUGAAUAAAGAUGUAUCAGAAUAAGAUGUA